GCUCAGAUUUAGUUCAGACUCCGGUACCUCAAACAGCCCUGUUUACAGCAUUGAUUCAACGGUACAGAAUACAUCCUCGUCAUCUACGUUGACAUUCUCGCCAUACAGCAAUCUCUAUCAACCGAGCUUGAGCGGUUCCACGUACUCUAGCGGCGGCAGUUCAUACUUUUCUCCGGCCUCAUCAAUAUUCCCUUCUAUGCCUGAUAUUAAGCACAGAUUAGGCUCUUAUAACACGUCCUCUGGGCUGACAUCACUAUCCCGCUCUCCGGCCUUGCCACAUCCUACAUCACCAAUUACUGCUCGAGAUAUAUACACAAGUGCAACACCACACUUGCGCCGCACAGAUCACUUUACAAGAUCUCCAUCCCUUUCUGGGACGGUGAGAGGCGUGCCUUUAUCACCUACCUCAAGCGGAUUUACAAGUCCCAUUUCCAACAUGGACGCUUCUAUGGGCGGGACCCCUUGUCCCCCUUUGUUUCCCACCGAGGUACUGUAUCAACUCCAAACCUCGGAUGGUCAGAUCAUCAAACCAGAAAUUUUCGGAAGAAUCGACAAGGGAUUCUUCAUGGCCGAUAAUGACUGGACGUGUUACAGGAGGAAUUACUUCUCCUUAAAUUGCUCCUAUACCCUUAGCCCCACGAUCCCAACAGGUAGCAUGUACGUGGUGCAACAUGGUGGCGCCGGACCACAAGUACACAACUUCGCCAUGUCGAUUGCCGCGGUAGUCGACGGAAAGGAUGGGAAAGCCAUUGAGUUGGUUCAACAUACGCCGAAGCGAGACAAAGGUCCCCAAGAAAAACCGGCGAGAAUCAACUUGGCCCCUCGACCUGCUGCACCACACGGAGGACUUUAUGGUGAGAAUAGCAGAGCAGGUCUCUAUGGAGAAGGCUUCAACCAGAACCCAAACCAACCUGCGGUGGAAGCGACAUUCGAGCGCAUCCAAUUCAAAAAUGCCACAGCAAAUAACGGCAAGCGAAGAGCUGCUCAACAGUAUUACCACCUUCUUGUCGAGCUUUUCGCAGACGUUGGCGGUUCACAUGCAUCUGACCGGUGGAUCAAAAUUGCAUCCCGCAUGUCUGCCCCCAUGGUAGUCCGCGGACGCUCACCAGGCCAUUACCAAAGCGAGCGCAGAGGAAGCAACACGAGUUCCGGCGGCCCAGGCGGCUCUGGCGGCGGAGGUGCAGGCUCCUACACGCCCAGCGGAGGAGCAUCACGAGCACCAGGCGACAUGAGCAUGUCCGGCUCCUCCUCCAUGCUCCCUGGAUCCGGGUACUCGAAUUCAUACGAUACCAGGUCACAUCACUACCGCAGCAACAUCGCCCCUCUUCAGAUCCCAAUGGAACCCACCCUCUCCGCGGAAGACGCGCGGAAUAUCGUCGAGUCGCCAGGCUACCUCUAUUGUCCGGGAGCUAUCUACGAAGGCCACGAAGAUCGCUUCCUCCAUUUACCGAGCAUGUCCGGAUACACGACCUCGAAAGUCAAAUCGGAGUACGGAGGCUCGAGCAGCUACGUCCUCCCGAGUUUGACGAGCUCGCAGGAUGCAUUUGGGAGGCAUUGUGGGCGCUGGGAGGGCACGUUGGAGUCGAAGGGGUUCUUUCCUACAGCGCUGAUGCAGCAGGAGUUGAAUAUUAGUUGAUGGACAUUUCGCGUCAUUUCUCCUUUGUUGUG